GCUGGGCGCAGAGUUGAGCGACCUAAUUGGUCGCUCAACCUAUUCUGUAACCGACAACCCUGGGUAUGACAGAGCAUGUUAACCUUUCUUUGUGAAACAGACCCCGGAAGAAUAUAUCGCGUAGCCCCAUCCUACUCAAAAUUCAGACAAAGUCCUUCAGUGUUUAGCUGGAACCUUCGCCGACCGUACUCUUUUGUUCCAUUCACUCUGCUCGGAACCAUGACUGAAGCGGACUUAUACACUCUGUACAAAGGCGUUUAUGUACCUAAUGUGAUACAUAGCCCAGAGAGCCUCAACUACUGCGAGGAGUUUACGUUUCGUCCUGACGACGUUGUCAUCGUAACAUAUCCAAAGUCAGGUACAACUUGGAUGCAGGAAAUUCUUCCCUUGAUCAUAAGUGGAGGUGAUCCGGCCUCUGUUGAGUCUCUGCCUAACUGGGACCGUGUUCCCUGGCUGGAGGAGACCCGGGCCUCCAUUCUACAGCUCGAGGAGAGGCCAUCUCCGCGCAUGCUCACAACCCACCUCCACUAUGACAUGAUGCCGCCGUCCUUCUUUCAAGCAAAGCCAAAGGUGAUAUACAUCAUGAGGAACCCGAAAGACGUGUUUACAUCUUCCUUUCACUAUUGCAACAUGGCGUCAUUCUUGGUGAAACCAGGUCCGCAGAGCGAAUUUCUCCAAAAGUUUCUUGAUGGAAAAGUUAUUUUUGGUUCCUGGUUUGACCAUGUAAAAGGGUGGCUGAAUGCUGAAGAGAAGCAGCAUAUCAUGUACAUCUCCUAUGAGGAGUUGAUAAAGCAGGACCUGAACGAAUCUGUGAACAGAAUCACUCAGUUCCUAGGGAAGGCAUUGGAUCCCGAGGUGAUAGAGAAGAUAGCUGACAGGUGUUUAUUCAUAAACAUGAAGAACAACCCCGUGUCCAACUACUCAGUGGUGCCUCGGGAAUUCAUGGACCAAACAAAGGGUCAAUUCCUUCGUAAAGGAGUAGCUGGAGACUGGAAGAACCAUCUUACACCAGAAGAGGCAGAACACUUUGAUGCAAUUUUCAAAGAAAAAAUGAAAGAUGUGAAAUAUAAAUUUGCUUGGGAUUAAACCAGUAAAUGCAUGAAUAUGCCAGACCACUGACUGAAAACACAUUACUGGGUUUAAAAAAAAAGCAUCUCAAACUUAGACCUCUUGUUUGGUGUCCUAGGUCAGUUACAAAACAAAACAACAAUACUGUGAUCCAAUUACCUGGGAGGUCAAAACUUCCCAGGUAAUUGAAUCUGGGGUAAAUUAAACCUCAACUAUGUUUUAGUUGAUAGUUGGAAAACCAGUGGAAACAGCUAACUGUUGUUUUUAGUGAUCAGACUAACUACAUUAUGCAAUGUAAGCUAAAGACAAUGUAUUUCUCAGCAUUUAAUACAUUCCAAUAUAGUAGAAACACUUCUACUACCAUAGUUUCUCAGUAGUUUAGUUAUUCAGAAUCAGCUUUAUUGCCAAGUUCGUACAUACAAACAAGGAAUUUGACGCCGGUACACUUUGCUCUUUGGUUUUGUUUUUGUAUUACACAAUAUACAUAUUUACAA